AAGAUUAUGAAAAAACACAGUACACAGUACACACAAUCUGCAAAUACACCCCACUUUUCCUUCAACGACUGCUCAACCAAUAUCACCACUUUUCCUUGUACUAGACACUAAUGGGCCGUAAGAGUCAAAAUUUCAGCACCAGUGGACCUACAUUUCUCACCGCUGUUGAUUGGAGCAACUCCCACCACAGAAGAUCCGUGGCGGCGUGCUUGGUCCAGGGAGUGUACACCCUGGAGGAGGACCGACGUCGGGGCCGUGCCGGCCCCGACGCCCUAGCUCCUCCAUGGUGGCACUCCUUCAACUUCCUUCCCAUCCAAAUCCUCGUCGACAAUCACGACCUCUCGAUCUACGGCGCGGUCUUCGAGUUCACCAACUACCCUUACCACAACCACGAAGCCGCCCCCACGGCGCAACGGCCGCCGCGGUACAUGAUCGCGUUCCGCGGCACGAUCCUGAAGCCCGGGAACCGAAAGCAAGACUUGAAGCUGGACUUCCACCUGUGGCUCAACGACCACAAGAACAGCACCCGUUUCCACACCGGGCUGGAAACUGUCAGCCAGGUGAUCCAGUACGGACACACCUGGCUGGCGGGGCACUCGCUCGGGUCGUCCCUGGCACUGGCCAUCGGACGAGAAAUGGCCAAGUGCCACGGAAUACAUAUCGAGACCUACUUGUUUAAUCCGCCCUUCAUAACUUUGCCAAUCGAGUGGAUCAAGAGCAAAACAGUGAAGUUCGGGCUGAGGAUCAUCAGUAGUGCGAUUACUGCUGGCGUUGCUGCUAUUGCUGGUGCUGGUGCUGGUUCUAGGGAAAUGGACUCUUUUACCGCGCUGCCGGCGUGGGUCCCAUACCUGUUUGUUAGCCGGUCGGACCCGAUAAGCUCGGAAUACGCGGGCUAUUUCAAGCAUAGGGGGGAUAUGGAGGCGAUCGGGGCGGGGGGGAUUGAGAGGGUUGCAACCGAGAAUGCGCUCGGGAGCAUUUUUUCGUCGUGUGAAGCGUUGCACCUUCUUCCCUCCGCCUAUCUGAGUAUCAACGGCUCGGCGGCAGGGUUUAGAGAGGCUCAUGGGAUCAGCCAAUGGUGGAGACAUGAGUUGGAGUUGGAAUACAAGUAUUACCUUCACAACUAGGAGAAGAUUUUCCUUAUCCUUUUUCUUUCUUUUUUCUCCAGUCAACGCUGCCACAUUGCCCAACCACCCAAUUUUUUGUUGUUUUUUGUGUGUAGCAUAUAAGUUGUUGUAGUAAAUUUUAUUCAUUUUAUGAUUUAUAUUAUUUUUUCGCA